AUGGCGGCGCUCAUGUGAGCAACGCUGGGUUAAUUGUCUUGACAAGCUUUAGCUUUGUGGUGAAUAAUCCGUUAAAAUCAGCUUUUCUUCUAUGUCAAGCGCCGCGAAGAGGAGUUGCGGAAGACAUGAAGACCUUUUGUGGCAGAGCGAACCCGACCACCGGAGCUCUGGACUGGGUGGAGGAGAGCGAGGAGUAUGAUUACCACCAGGAGAUAGCCAGGUCAUGUUAUGCCGACAUGCUGCACGAUCACGACAGGAACAAGAAGUACUAUGAGGGCAUCCGGGCUGCUGUGUCCAGAAUAAAGGCUAGAGGUGAAAGAGUGGUCGUCCUGGACAUCGGGACUGGAACGGGCCUCCUGUCCAUGAUGGCCGUCACUGCUGGAGCCGACUUCUGUUACGCUGUGGAGGUCUUUAAGCCCAUGGCAGAAGCGGCUCAGUGCAUUGUGAAGAAAAACAACUUCUCAGACAAGAUCAAGAUUAUCAACAAACACUCAUCGGAUGUGACAGUGGGACCAGAUGGAGACAUGCAUGAGAAGGCCAACCUGCUGAUCACUGAGCUGUUCGACACGGAGCUCAUUGGGGAGGGAGCUCUACCCAGCUAUGAGCACGCUCACCAAAAUCUAGUCAUGGCAGGCUGUGAGGCGGUGCCUCACCGGGCCACCGUCUAUGCCCAGCUGGUGGAGUCAGAGCUGCUGUGGAGCUGGGCACAGCUGCAGCCCGUGGAGGUAGAGGGGCUCCGUCUGGUCCCACCGCCCGCCGUGGGCCGUUGUGCUGGUGCUCACUCGGUUUGUGACAUCCAGCUGAGCCAGGUCUCCCCCUCCAGCUUUACCCCGCUGAGUCCUCUCUGCACCAUGUUCAGUGUGGAUUUCAGCAGACCAGUCAGCAGUGCCUUCCAGUCCCACUCCACCAGGUUUGUGGCUCAGACUGGUGGGCGGGCUCAGGUGGUGCUGUCCUGGUGGGACCUGGAAAUGGAUCGCAGUGGAACCAUUGUGUGCAGCAUGGCUCCUAGCUGGAUGUACCCACAGCCAGCGAUGGCCCCUUGGCGGGAUCACUGGAUGCAGAGUGUUUACUUCCUGCCAGAGGAAAGCCGGGUGGCGGAGCAGGAGGAGCUCAGUCUGACGGUCUGCCAUGACGACUACAGUCUGUGGUACAGCCUCCAGUCCCACAGCCUCCAGGACGCCCCGGCUAAGGCCCCACCAUCUCGGCCGUGUUGCACAUGUCAGGCUCACCUGGUUUGGACUCGGUCCCGUUUCGGCGAACUCAACGACAGACGGCGUACCGGAAGCUACAUCGCAGCUCUUCGGAGCGUCCUGAGCGAGGACAGUGUGUGUCUCUCUGUCAGCGAUGGAAGUCUGCUUCCUGUCUUCGCUCACAUGCUGGGAGCCAAGAAGGUUUUCAGUUUGGAGAACUCCAGAAUGUCCAGACAAGUUAUUGAGGAGGUGUUGGAAGCCAACUCUGUAAAAGGAGGAGUUGAACUGCUGGAGAUCCGACCUGAGCAGCUCACCAGUCAGGAUCUGAGAGGCGAACAGCAGAUUUCGGUCCUGAUGGGCGAGCCGUACUUCAGCACCAGUCUCCUGCCGUGGCACUCCUUGUUCUUCUGGUACUGUCGGACCGCUUUGGCGGGCAUCCUGCGGCCCAGCGCCACCAUCCUGCCCAGCUCUGCCUCACUGCAUAUGAUGGCUGUGGAGUUCCAGGAUUUGUGGAGGAUAAGAGCACCGUGUGGAACAUGUGAAGGCUUUGAUGUCUCACCCAUGGAUGAAAUGAUCCAGCGGUCUCUGGAUUUCCGUGAGUCCCGUGAAGCUGAGCCCCACCCCCUGUGGGAGUACCCAUGUCGAGCUCUAACUCAGUCCACUGCUGUCAUGACCUUUGAUUUCACCCAGUGCGUCCCUAAACAGCCAAUCAGCAGCCAGGGAUCGCUGCCUCUUAUAAGGAGUGGGCGAUGUCACGGUGUUGCCUUAUGGAUGGAAUACCAGCUGACUGAUGAUGUCACAGUCAGCGGGGGUCUAACUCAGCCAAUCAGUGAGCAGGGCACCUGUGAGUGGAGUCGACACAGGAGGCAGGGGGUUUAUUUCCUGAGGUCAGCGUGGGACAGUUCGGGUGACGGCAGGGCUGCAGUGUCCUACAGCUUCACAUUUGAGCCCAGCUUAGGAGACAUUAAGAUGGACUUCAGCAUCAUAACGCAGUGAUGUGACUCCAAGGUUUUACCUCUACUCUGUGUUAAAGCAUAUUUAACAGUGUGUUUACUAUUGCUAUAAUGACUGAAGUUACCGUUUGCCUUUUUAAUGAUACAUCAGUAUCUGAGGAGCUCUCAGGGCCGAACAGGCUUUGGUGUUUCCACAACUAAAGUCUUAAAUGAUCCUGUAUUAACAGACCAACAAACCCAAAUGUCUUGUUUUUUUUAAAAAUAUUUUUUGGAUUGCUGUUGCUUUGUGUUUGUAGUUGAGGGCAGGUAUGGACUUGUCAGAAGAAGAGUUAAAAGUUUGUAU